UUCAAUCUAUGGCGGAUGUUAUGCACCAUGCAGUGCGCUGGCCUAUUGAAGAACUAUUGUAAACAGCGCGUUUAGAAGUCAUACAGUUAAAACAGUCGUUGUCUUAAUAUAAAGAGCAUAUUGUCUAGCGUGAUGAGCAACCUACGCGUUAUUUUCACUUAUACUGCACUCUUAGGUUUAGUUGGCAUGGGCUAUGCAAUGUGGGCAGUGGUUGCACCUGGGGAGGACAGGAAGAAUCAGUUGUUAAAGAAUCUUCCAGAGUCAAACCCGGUGAGAAUGGAGGAGUCGAGAAGGAGGAACGCGCUCAUCAUGCAAGUGCUCAAGGAAGCUGCGGAGACGCCUGAUAAUAUUGCAAGAGGAGCUGCAGGAGCGCAAAAGUAGAACUACGGGAAAGACGGCCGGUUUCUGUGAAGUCUGGUGGAAAGAGACUGUUUCAACUACAGUGUUCUGGCAUCAGUGAAUGAAACGGUCUGAAAUAACUAAUAAUGACCUUAAACUCGUUGCGUAAAGAACGACCAUUUUCUCAUUGGUGUUAGAACAGAAUUGAAUGUUGGGGAGCACAAGUGUGUUCAGUUAUUGCUGAGUCUCUUAAGAUAAUUUAUGUUUCAAUAUAGAACUGUCCCACCUGAGUUCUCUAUGGUUAUGACCAACUACAAGCACGAGUUCUUUCACGAGUCAUACAAGUCUGGAAAUUCGUGGAAUUGUGACGUGCUCUUUUGGACAUAACUUUGGAUAUCCCGUGUAUUCUCCUAUCAGGACAUUAAGUAAGAGAUUGCCAACCCCUGUUGGCCAAUGCAAGGGGGUUACGUGCUCAAGAAGGUCAAUCAAACUAUUGGGAAUUGGCUACUCUCUCAGCAUGCCGCCUAGCGCGGAAAGGAAAUGUCAAUAAAGGGAUAUGUAUAUUUAUAUUAAACUUUCCCGAUUCGGAAAUUUGAUUGUCAUUGCAAUGUAUAGGUACGUAAAUUAAAUAUGUUAUAACACAA